AUGCUGCGUAGAGAGUCAGAGAUUCUUACUGUGACAGAAGCCCAUAGAGUUGCUAUUGAAGAAUCACCUCUAGCCAUUAGAGAGACUCCAAAAAUGGUUGAGGAUACUGAAAAAAUAAUUUCAUUAACAGUAGAGGUGGAGGCUCUAAAGGCUUCGCUUCAGUCUGAAGGACAAGCCACAGAAGACUUGAGAAAAGCUUUAGCAGUGGCAGAGUCUAGAAAUUCGGAGUUGGCCGCAAAGCUAGAUCAGCUUCAGGAAUCGAUGAAAAGACUUCAUGAGAAGCUUUCCAAGUCAAAGUUAGAGAUUCAAGUAAUCCAACAACAGGCAAAGGACACGAGUCUUGCUGUAAAAGAACCAGAGUCCAAGGACGAAGCAAACAAAUAUCUGGAAAAGGAAGAUCUACUAGUCAAGUGUAUCUCACAAAACCUUGGAUAUGAUGAAGGCAAGCCUGUUGCUGCAUGUAUCAUUUACAGAUGUCUCUGCUACUGGAGAUCAUUUGAACUCGAAAACACUAGCAUCUUUCAGCGUAUCGUUCAAACAAUAGCUUCAGCCAUUGAGGUCCCAAACAAUAAUGAGGUUUUGGCGUAUUGGCUAUCUAAUUCAGCCGCACUGUUAGUGCUUCUGCAACACACACUCAGAGCACCUGAAGCAAAGUACCCUGCACUACGUUUCAAGCUGCAGCUUACCGCAUUGGUCGAGAAAAUAUCUGAGAUGAUCAGAGAUAAUCUAAAGAAAGAGAUCUCUCCUCUCCUUGCCUCAUGCAUAAAAGGAACAAUUUCAUCAUUGGAAAAAUCGGUGUUAGAAAGAGCAAAAACUGUUGCUGAACAAGAUCGGAUUAGGAAAGGCCUGAAGGUCCUGAAAACUUACUUGCAUGCUGCUGGUCAACAAGCUCUGUUUGCCAAUUGGCAAAGUAUAAGGAAACCCUUAAACACUUGCUUGAAUAUCAUGAAAGCAAACAAUUUUUUCUCUGUAACAAAAUUGUGUAGUCUUCUUCUACGUCGUGAGUGCUGCUCAUUCAGCUAUGGGAAGUACGUUAAAGCAGGUUUGGCUGAAUUAGAGCAGUGGUGUGUAGAGGCUACUGAUGAAUAUGCUAGCUCAGCUUGGGAUGAGUUGAGUCAUGUCAGGCAGGCUGUUGAUUUCUUGGCCACACGUGAAAAACCGAAAAUGACCUUAGACGAAAUAGCAAGAGAACUCUGCCCGGUGCUAAGUGUAAAACAGAUAUACAGAAUCAGCACAAUGUACUGUGAUGACCAAUAUGGCACUCCUAGUGUUUCUUCAGACGUUAUUGCAAACAUGAGGGUGAUGAUGAGAGAGGACUCGAAUAAUGCUGAAAGCAGCUCUUUUCUUUUGGACGAUGACUCGAGCGUUCCAUUCACUGUGGGAGAUUUGUCAAAGUCAAUGUUAUUGAAACAAGUUGAUCUAUCCAACAUUAAACCUCCUCAGUUGAUCCGCGAGCACCCAGAUUUCAGCUUCUUGCUCAUUCGUGAAGAAGGCAGUUCAACAUAA